AUGGAGAAAGUGAGCAAGACGGGUCCUAAGAAGUUCCGCGACUCCCUGAAGGAAGGAAAAUGUCUGAUCGGGCCGGGCGUCUUUGAUGGCAUCUCUACUCGAAUAGCUUCAACACUGGGUUUUGAUUUUUUGUAUCUCGCAGGCUCGGGUGCCACGGGGUCUCGCGUAGCGGAGCCCGACUUGUCCGUGAUGACCCAGACCGAGUUUGCCGAUAUCGCCGGAAUGAUGGUGCAGCAUACGCACCUUCCUGUCAUCGCUGAUGCAGACACUGGCUUCGGCGGCCCACUGAACAUCAAGCGCACUGUCCAGCUUUAUGAGCAUGCAGGUGUUGCCGGACUACACAUUGAGGACCAGGUGUUCCCAAAACGAUGCGGUCAGCUCAAGGGCAAGGAUGUGGUCGAUCUGCAAGUCUAUCUCGAAAGGGUUAGGAGUGCUGUCGAGGCCAGGACAGAUCCAAACUUUGUCAUCAUUGCUCGCACCGACGCCAGACAGGCUAAGCACCUCGGGGGGAGCGAAGCUGGCGAGAAGGCUUUUCAUGAGGGAGUCAAGAGACUGAAGGCGGCACUUGAUGCCGGUGCCGAUAUGGCGUUCAUGGAGAGUCCACGGACGGAAGAAGAAUGCAAGGAAUUGGUAAAAGCAUGCGCUCCUAAGCCAGUGCUUAUCAACGUUCUGCCCCAUGGGUUGACCCCGAACUUCAAUACUUCGGACUGCGACCGCCUGGGCUUUGCUGCUGCAAUCUACCCAUGCACGGGAUUUAUUCCAGCUAUGCUUGCAAUGCAACGAUCGUAUGAAGGCCUGAAGAAGGAGGGUUCCGACCUAAAAUACUGCGAAGACAACACUAUCAAGGACUUCUUUGAGCAGCUCGGUCUUGCCGAUAAUUUCAACUUUGAUGAUCGCAUUGAAAGGUUUUCGAAGCAAGAAGUGGAGCACACCAGCCAACAGGAUGAGAGCUGA